AGAUGGCGGCGAGGCGGCAGCUGGGAAUAUGUCAGUGACGUCAGGGGGCGGCGUUCCAGGCUGAGGAGGUGGAAGGAGGCAGCUGAUACUGUGAGAGGAGCGUCAAGGUUCAAAAGUAGGAAGAUAUCCCGAAAUCAUGGGGGAACUUUUCAGAAGUGAGGAGAUGACCUUGGCCCAGCUUUUCCUUCAGUCUGAGGCUGCAUAUUGCUGUGUUAGUGAACUGGGAGAGCUGGGAAAAGUCCAGUUUCGAGAUUUAAAUCCAGAUGUCAAUGUGUUCCAGAGGAAAUUUGUCAAUGAAGUCCGAAGAUGUGAAGAAAUGGACCGUAAACUGCGGUUUGUGGAGAAGGAGGUCAAAAAAGCAAAUAUCUCAAUCCUUGACACUGGGGAGAACCCAGAAGUCCCCUUCCCUAGGGACAUGAUUGACCUUGAGGCAAAUUUUGAAAAGAUUGAGAUUGAACUGAAAGAAAUAAACACAAACCAGGAGGCCUUGAAGAGGAACUUCCUCGAACUGACGGAGUUAAAAUUCAUUCUGCGCAAAACCCAGCAGUUUUUUGAUGAGGCUCAAUUGCAUCAUCAUCAGCAGAUGGCGGAUCCGGAUCUAUUGGAAGAAUCUUCUUCACUGCUGGAGCCAAGCGAGAUGGGAAGAGGAGCGCCGUUACGACUUGGCUUUGUGGCUGGGGUGAUUAAUCGUGAGAGGAUUCCAACCUUCGAGAGGAUGCUGUGGCGUGUAUGUCGUGGAAAUGUCUUCUUGCGGCAGGCAGAGAUUGAAAACCCAUUAGAGGAUCCGGUUACGGGUGACAGUGUUCACAAGUCCGUUUUCAUUAUAUUCUUCCAAGGAGACCAGCUCAAGAACAGGGUAAAGAAGAUCUGCGAGGGGUUCCGUGCAUCACUGUAUCCCUGCCCAGAGACACCACAGGAGCGUAAGGAAAUGGCAACUGGAGUUAACACAAGGAUUGAGGAUUUACAGAUGGUUCUCAAUCAAACAGAAGAUCAUCGACAACGUGUCCUGCAGGCUGCUGCCAAGUCGCUGCGUGUGUGGUUUAUUAAAGUGAGGAAGAUGAAGGCAAUCUACCAUACCCUUAACCUCUGCAACAUUGAUGUGACCCAGAAGUGUCUUAUUGCUGAAGUCUGGUGUCCUGUGGCAGAUCUUGAUUCCAUUCAGUUUGCCCUUAGAAGGGGAACGGAACAUAGUGGCUCCACUGUCCCCUCCAUCUUAAACAGGAUGCAGACCAAUCAGACCCCCCCAACGUACAAUAAGACCAACAAAUUCACAUACGGCUUUCAGAACCUGGUUGACGCCUACGGCAUUGGCAGCUAUCGUGAAAUAAACCCAGCUCCAUAUACCAUCAUCACUUUCCCCUUUCUCUUCGCUGUGAUGUUUGGUGACUUUGGACAUGGAAUUCUAAUGACUCUAUUUGCCGUUUGGAUGGUUGUAAGAGAGAGCCGAAUUCUAUCCCAAAAGAUCGACAACGAGCUCUUCACCAUGAUGUUCAGUGGCCGAUACAUAAUUCUUCUCAUGGGCCUCUUUUCAAUAUACACCGGCCUCAUCUACAAUGACUGCUUCUCCAAAGCUCUCAAUCUUUUCGGCUCAUCGUGGAGCGUAAGGCCGAUGUUCACAGACACUUGGUCAGAAGAUCUUCUUAAGCAUACCUCUGUUCUGCAACUGAAUCCAAAUGUCACCGGAGUGUUCAAUGGACCUUACCCCUUUGGUAUCGAUCCGAUUUGGAGCUUAGCAACCAACAAGCUAACGUUCUUGAAUUCCUUUAAAAUGAAAAUGUCCGUGGUCCUUGGAAUCAUACAUAUGACUUUUGGAGUAGCUCUCAGCCUCCUCAAUCACAUCUACUUCAAGAAGCCUCUGAACAUCUACCUGGGUUUUAUACCUGAGAUGAUAUUUAUGACCACUCUGUUUGGCUAUCUGGUCAUACUUAUAAUCUACAAGUGGUGUGCGUAUGAUGCUUCAACCUCCAUGGUUGCUCCGAGUCUCCUUAUUCACUUCAUCAACAUGUUCCUCUUCAGCUACCAAGACACUAGCCUCCCCAUGCUCUACAAGGGCCAGAUGGGGUUGCAGUGCUUCCUGGUUGUAUGUGCAAUUAUUUGUGUACCUUGGAUGCUUGUGGUCAAACCCCUUAUUUUACGCCGCCAAUACCUGAGGAGAAAACAUUUGGGUACGCAUAACUUCGGAGGCAUUCGCGUCGGUAAUGGACCCACCGAGGAAGAUGCCGAAAUCAUUCAGCAUGACCAGCUUUCCAUGCACUCGGAAGAAGGAGAAGAGCCUGCCAUGGAAGAAGUGUUUGACUUCGGCGACACGGUGGUCCAUCAGGCCAUUCACACCAUCGAGUACUGCCUGGGCUGUAUAUCCAACACUGCGUCUUACCUCCGGCUCUGGGCCCUGAGUUUGGCGCAUGCGCAACUGUCGGAGGUGCUAUGGACCAUGGUCAUGCACGUGGGCCUCAGUAUCCGCAGCCUGGGUGGGGGCAUCGCCCUGGUCUUCGUGUUUUCUGCGUUUGCCACGCUGACCAUCGCCAUUCUACUGAUCAUGGAGGGGCUGUCGGCGUUUCUCCACGCACUCCGGUUGCACUGGGUUGAAUUUCAGAACAAGUUUUACAUGGGGACGGGAUUCAAAUUCCUGCCGUUUUCAUUUGAGAACAUCCGGGAAGGGAAAUUCGACGAGUGAAGAUCCCCUUGUUGCCCCGGUGGAUCCCCCGUGUGAUCAUGUUCUGCUGUGAAGUUCUUGUGGUCAGUGAAACCUCCCGGUGCGCCGCCCGUGCCCACAUAUUGCCCCCUCCUCUCGAGCCUCCCUUUGCCCCACUGCUACAAUAGGAACAUUGGGCCGGCAGCUUUCGGCCUUGUCCCAACUCCAUCUGGGGUCUCGCCGGCGCCGCCACUUGGGCACCCGAGGGUCCCCACUCACUUGCCUUUACUUCCUGUUCUGUGCCCCCCCCCAGAUUAUUAAAUGCAGUAGUGUGAUGCCUUUUACCCAUCCCUAUGGGGGCAGGAAGGCGCCCAUCUUGUCUAUGUGUCUCCCCUAAAUCCUUAGGGCAACUUAUUGAUAUUUUAUUUAUAGCCCCCCCACCCAUAAAGGAAAUGAUAUGCUGUUAUUAGGGGACUAUUAGCCAAGUGAAGGUCCUUCCACCUAAAAUUGUCCGCGCCGCUAUGGCGUCUGUCCCUCAAUGAUGACAUCAGCAGUUGGCACCCAGUAACCAGCUGCCGGGGCCCCAGAGUAUCCUGGUCGUGCCCACAAUCCAACAUCAGAAUGGACUGUACGGGGCAGUAUUAUUGUCCUAGGGCCGCACUGUGCUCUCAUAAAUGCUGUGUAUGUGAUACAGAAAUUAUAGCCUGACGCUUUUUCCAGCUUUAGUUGCCCUUUAAAGUACAGUAUUGUUGGAACUAGUGGGGCCUUGUUGUGUAAGGGAAUCCAUUGUAGGGUUUUACCACAGCCAAUCACUGUUUGCCAUUGGCAUUAUGCUUCCCAUAGGCCCAGCCCCUGACUACAUAACAUUAUGUGGCUAUAACUGUUACAGGCAGGUGUAAUGAGGCAUUUAGUUGUUGCUAAGGGUGUAACCUAUGGCAACGGCUGCAGGAGUUUGGCCAAUAGAUGUGCAGUCUGUCGUAUUACCCUCCAUCCCAGCCGGGGCGAAACUACAGCUUUUAACCUCCCCCUCUCAGCUAAAGUGACAGGAGGAUGCUGGGAAUUGUAGUUUUAUUGUAACAUUAGUAAAUAGGCUCCGCCUCUAGCGAUUGGCUCGCUCCUGUCCGUAUAUAAACUGUAAAUAUAUUUAAUAUAAAGGUCUGUUUUAAAGAUUUCUGAGAACUGCUAUAGUGGGGGGGGGGGGUAUAGAUUUUAUGAGGCGCAGGGCGAGACCCCCAGGGCAAACGAUGAAGGAAGGGCGGCGCCACUGGAACUGGGUCCCACCGUAGCGUUUGCGCCCGUCAUGGCGUCCGUAACGUCGCAUUCCUGUGAUUCUGUGACAUUUUCAUUGUGCGAAUAAACUGUGUAAUUUAUGACUCCCGGAAA